UAAUUUGACCAUCUUAUUCAGCAGGUUACGCAACAGCAGGUCAGAUCGAGCUCUGCUUUAAAAUGUAACAAAAUGAUAAAUAUUCAAGACGGACCCUGUAAAGAUCAGACGAUUGUAAUCUAACAUAAGCCACUGCAGCCAAACUCUGAGAGGGAGACUGCAGAGGCAUGAAGCAGAGGAGAGAUCAGCAGGUUAGAUGAGGAGAGGACGCGUCUCUUAUCUGCAGGAUAAUGACAUUCCCUGCGGCACACCACUGCUCAGUCCUUAGGCUUAGAGGAAGGCGGCUCCUAAACUGAAAUGCGUUUCCUUGUUCUUUGUGUCGCAGUGAAGCCGAGUGAUCGUCAGCAGAAUGAGCUCUUCUCCCGUCGUCUCACGUGUGUCAGUCGACAUCCUGGAGGAACUGCAGCGCUUCGCAGCUCAAAACCUGGAGAAGCUCGAGCUCAACAAAUACUAUGAAGUCAUACGGGAGCUCGGGAAGGGCACCUACGGCAAGGUGGACCUCGUCAGCCACAAGAUCAGAGGUACCAAGAUGGCUCUGAAGUUUCUAAAGAAGAAAACAACCAAGCUGAAGAGCUUCUUGAGAGAGUACAGCAUCUCACUCUAUCUUUCUCCAUGUCCCUUCAUCAUCAACAUGUUCGGCAUUGCGUUUGAAACAGAGGAGUUCUAUGUUUUUGCGCAGGAAUAUGCACCAUCUGGAGACCUGUUCGAUAUCAUUCCACCACAGGUGGGUUUGCCGGAGCCGGUGGCGAAGCGCUGCGUCCAUCAGGUGGCCAUCGCUCUGGAGUACCUGCACUCCAAAAAGCUGGUGCACAGAGACGUCAAGCCCGAGAACAUCUUAAUCUUUGACAAGGAGUGUCGCAAGGUCAAGCUGUCGGACUUCGGCAUGACGCGGCACGCCGGCUCGCCAGUGAAGCGCGUGAGCGGCACCAUCCCGUACACGGCGCCCGAGCUCUGCGACUCGUCCAAGCACGAGGGCUUCUGCGUGGACUACAGCACAGACGUGUGGGCCUUCGGAGUGCUGCUGUUCUGCAUGCUGACCGGGAACUUCUCCUGGGAGAAGGCCAUGCCGUCUGACAGCUUCUACGAGGAGUUCGUGCGCUGGCAGAGGAGGCGGAUGGUCGCGGUGCCGUCGCAGUGGCGCAGAUUCACAGACGAAGCUCUGCGCAUGUUCCGAAAGCUCCUGGCUCUGGAGCAGGAGCGCCGCUGCUCGGUCAAGGAGGUGUUCGCGUAUUUUGGCCACUGCUGGAUGCUGGAUGGCCAGGCCGCGCUGAACUCUUCGUCUGAGGAGGAGGAGCUGCUGGUGGACCGUAUGAAGCAGCAGACCUUGUCUCCGACGGCUUCCAAGACCAACGGCAUGGAGUCAGGAGUGGCUCACCACUUCACCUCCGUGUCCACGAACAGCUCCGUGUCGUCCACCAACAGUUACGAGCGCUCGGCCAGAGACAGCCCGCCUAGCAGCCGCAUCCUGGUCACGACGACGAUAGAGAUCUGCGUGUAGAGGUCCAAACACGUGCACAAGCAGACUCGAAACUCUCCGGAACGGAGUCUAUAGCGCUAUCACAGCGCAAAAAAUGACUUGAUUCUCCGGUCGGCUCGACUAACAUUCCUAAUAGAGAUUGCAAUUUGAAGAAACAUUGCACUGAAACUGUGAAAUACCGCACAGGAGACCCGUUUGCAUUCAGAACGAUAACUGUAACGAUAACUAUAUUAGCAUCCACACCAACUGACGCUCUGUUUAUUAUAAGCGUGCCACAGUUUUGUUGUCUUCAGAUUUCCGGUGGACUCUGAUUGGCUGUCGGUGUUUUUAUUGUUCAUUCACUGUUCUGAAACUAAU